AUGAGAAAUCACACGACACUAACCACAUUUAUCCUCCUGGGACUGACAGAAGACCCACAGCUGCAGAUUUUGAUUUUUGUAUUUCUACUUAUUACCUAUAUGUUGAGUAUAAUUGGAAAUCUGACUAUCAUCUUUCUCACAUUAGUGGAUUCUCACCUUAAAACUGCCAUGUACUUUUUUCUCCGAAAUUUCUCCUUCCUAGAAAUCUCCUUCACCUCUGCCUGUAUUCCAAGAUUCCUAUACAGUAUAGCAACAGGUGACAGGAACAUUACCUAUAAUGCUUGCAUAAGCCAAUUGUUUUUUACAGACCUGUUUGGAGUAACAGGAUUUUUCCUCCUGGCUGUCAUGUCUUAUGAUCGAUAUGUUGCCAUCUGCAAACCUCUGCAUUACAUGACCAUCAUGAACCACGGGGCCUGCAAAAGAUUUAUCUUAGGGUGCUGGCUGACUACUUUGUUCAUCAUAUUGCCACCUCUUAGUCUGGAACUGAACCUUGAAUUCUGUGACUCUAAUGUCAUUGAUCACUUUGUCUGUGAUGCCAAUCCUAUCCUGAAGAUCUCAUGCUCAAAUACAUGGUUCAUAGAGCAAAUGGUUAUUGUCUGUUCUGUAGUGACCUUUAUCAUGACUCUUGUGUGUGUAGUUUUGUCCUACAUAUAUAUCAUCAAAACAAUUCUAAGAUUGCCCUCUGCUCAACAAAAGAUAAAGGCAUUUUCCACCUGUUCUUCCCACAUUAUUGUGGUUUCCAUCACCUAUGGCAGUUGCAUCUUUGUCUAUAUCAAACCUUCUGCAAAAGAUGAAAUGGCCAUAAAUAAGGGGGUAUCAAUACUAACUAUUUCUAUUUCCCCCAUGUUAAACCCAUUUAUUUAUACCCUGAGGAACAAACAAGUCAAACAAGCCUUUAAUGACUUAGUCAAUAGAAUUAUAUUACUCUCAAAGCAUUAG